AUGAAAUCGGGCUUCAAAACGGGCUUCGGGUCGACCGCGGCGUUCGGACGGUCGGUCGGGACGAUCGGCCGGAAAUCGGGUCGUGGCCGUGGUCGGAUCGAUCGGAUCGAUCGUGGCCGGACGGAUGCGUGUCGGCCGCUGUGUUGCGCGGACGCGAGGCGUUGCUUCCCGGCCGCGCAACUCACCUCACGUACGCGCACGAACGCUUCGUCCGACCCGGGAAACUAUGCCUCGCGUCCGGCCGAAGAUUUCCAUCGGCCAAUUCCUAUCCGCCCGACCACGCCGGCCGAUCGUCAUAACAUCCGGCCCCGACCGUUCCGACUCGGCCAAAGACCCGACUGUCCGGCCGAUCGUCCCGACGACCGUCCGAACGCCGCGGUCGACCCGAAGCCGUUUUUGAAGCCCAAUCCGCACAAUUCAAGCCCAAAGCCGGCGCCGACCUAG